AUGGCAGCCGACCCUUUCGACUCGGCGCUGGACCUCCUCCGGCGCCUGAACCCGAAGCAGACGACGGACCACCUCAACGACAUCAUCUCGCUCUGCCCGGACCUGACCGAGGACCUCCUCUCGUCGGUCGACCAGCCGCUCGGCGUGCGGCGCUGCAAGCAGACGGGGCGCGACUACCUCCUCUGCGACUACAACCGCGACGGCGACUCGCACCGCAGCCCCUGGUCCAACCAGUUCGACCCGCCCCUCGACGGCGGCGAGCCGGGCGUCGGCGGCGCCAGCGCCGAGGGCGGCAGCGAAGGCGCCGGCGAGGCGGGCCUGCCGGGGGACCGCGUCCGGCGGAUGGAGGUGCGCGCCAACGAGGCCUUUGACGUCUACCGCGACCUGUACUACGAGGGCGGCGUGUCGUCGGUCUACUUCUGGAACCUCGACGACGGGUUCGCGGGCGUGGUGCUGCUCAAGAAGUCCUCGCCGCAGGGCAACACCGCCGCCGAGGGCGUCUGGGACUCGAUCCACGUCUUCGAGGCCUCGGAGCGCGGCCGCACGACAAACUACAAGCUCACGUCGACCGUCAUCCUCAACCUCUCCCAGGGCGGCGCCCGCGCGUCGGGCGGCGGCGGCGGCGGCUCGCUCGACCUGAGCGGCAACAUGACGCGGCAGGUCGAGCAGGACCUGCCCGUCGAGAGCGACGAGUCGCACAUUGUCAACAUCGGCCGCCUCGUCGAGGACAUGGAGCUCAAGAUGCGCAACCUGCUGCAGGAGGUCUACUUUGGCAAGCUCAAGGGCGUCGUCGGCGACCUGCGCAGCGUCGGCAGCCUGAGCGAGGGCCAGCGCGACCGCGACGCCCAGCGCGAGCUCAUCGGCAGCAUGAGGAGGUGA